CCACCUGAAGUACCUAUUAUCGGACUAGGAAUAACCAUUACUUCCGCAAAAAAGUUACCCAAAGCCCUUGGAGGCAAGUGGGUUGCUUAGAAGCUUCACCUAACAAAAUAUCGAAGCAGCCUGGCAGCUCCGAUUAUACAGAAUCCCCUCCUUUUAUCGACUACGUUGGAAGUUCGUCCGUUUUUCGUCCCAGGUGUAAAUAACAAAGCUUUUUAAAAGAUGGCUUCCAUGUUUGAACAACCCUCGAAUGGGACUUUGUUCCUCGGUGGCCAGAAGAUUUCUGGUGCAGAUAUCAGGGAUCAGAAUGUUCUUGCUACCCAAGCUAUAGCGAACGUCGUCAAGAGCUCUUUUGGCCCGAGCGGUCUGGAUAAGAUGAUGGUGGACGAUAUUGGAGAUGUCACAGUGACCAACGAUGGCGCCACUAUCCUAAGUUUACUAGAUGUCGAACACCCCGCUGGAAAGAUUCUCGUCGACCUAGCGCAGCAACAAGAUAAAGAAGUCGGUGAUGGUACGACUUCGGUCGUGCUUAUUGCUGCCGAACUCCUACGACGAGCAAACGAGCUAAUGAAAAACCGGAUACACCCCACGACUAUUAUCACCGGCUACAGACUUGCUUUGAGAGAGGCUAUCAAAUACAUGAACGAAAAUGUUAGCACUAAAGUAGAAAACCUCAGCCGUGAAUCGUUACUCAGCAUUGCCAAGACGUCAAUGUCUAGCAAGAUUAUCGGUGCCGACUCUGACUUCUUUGCCAACAUGGUUGUCGAUGCUCUCCAAGCAGUUAAGACGACAAAUAACCGCAGCGAGGUUAAAUACCCCGUUAAGGCAGUCAAUAUUCUAAAAGCACAUGGAAAGGGUGUCUUAGAAUCCGUCUUAGUUAAGGGCUAUGCUUUGAACUGCACCGUUGCAUCGCAGGCAAUGACUACGAGAAUACAGGAUGCUAAGAUUGCAGUCCUCGACAUGAACCUGCAGAAGGAGAGGAUGAAGCUGGGUGUACAAAUUACGGUAGAUGACCCUCAACAGCUCGAACAGAUCCGCGCACGAGAGUCGGGAAUGGUUAUCGAGAGGGUUGAGAUGAUACUUAAGGCCGGAGCCAACGUUAUUCUAACGACCAAGGGUAUCGACGACAUGUGCUUGAAGCUUUUUAUCGAGCGCGGCGCUAUGGCUGUAAGGCGAUGCAAGAAGGAAGACUUGCGACGAAUUGCAAAGGCCACCGGCGCAACCCUACUGAGCACGCUCUCUGACCUGAACGGCGAUGAGCGUUUUGAGCCUUCUUACCUAGGCUACGCCGAAGAAGUUGUUCAGGAACGUAUUUCAGACGAUGAGUGCAUCUUGGUUAAGGGAACUAAGACACACUCUUCAGCCUCUAUCCUUCUUCGAGGACCAAACGACUUCACGCUGGACGAGAUGGAGCGUUCGGUUCACGAUUCGUUAUGUGCGGUUAAGCGAACUCUAGAGAGUGGCAGUAUUGUACCUGGUGGUGGAGCAGUGGAAACAGCACUGCACAUCUACUUGGAAGAGUUUGCAGGCACAGUUGGUUCAAGGGAGCAGCUAGCAAUCGGAGAGUUCGCACAGUCGCUCCUCGUUAUCCCCAAGACCUUGGCUGUCAACGCGGCAAAGGAUGCAAGCGAAUUAGUGGCACAAUUACGGUCUCGGCACGCUCUAUCGCAGCGGACACAAGACGGAGAAGCCAACGAGGACGAGAAGACGAUUGCGAAAAAGAAGAACUACAAGAACUACGGUCUGGAUCUCAUGAAGGGAAAAGUAGUGGACGAAGUUAAGGCGGGUGUGUUAGAACCGAGCAUAAGCAAGGUUCGGCAGCUGAAGAGUGCGGUGGAGGCGUGUAUCAGUAUAAUGAGGAUUGAUACCCUGAUCAAGCUGGAUCCGGAAGAGAGGGGAGAGCCGGAUGAUGGACAUGGCCACUGAUAAGAAAUAAAAGGGAAAACGAAGGUGGCCGCGGGAAGGUGUAUUCCUAAUAAGAAAGAUGGGGGUUUUUAAGACACAACCCAAAUCCCGGAUCCAAAGCAAAAAUCAACCUAAUCAAUCAACCUAAGUUCCCACCUACAUUAGCGUCUCAGUGGCAGCAUUCCAGUCCGUGCGGCGUGACGAUGGAGUAUAAUUCGUAGUGAACCAAGGUCAGCAGAACCCAUUCCGCAUGUACGUUUUAAAAGUCCACCUGCUAUAAUUACACCUACGUAUCGUACCAGGUAACUUUCGAGGCGGGUUGCAUCGGCACGAUACCUUAGCCUCCACAAACCUUCGCAGUACCUAAU